GCUGCCCGGCUCUCUGUGCGGCCCGGGUAGGCGAGGCCACCGGCCAUGCCGCUGGAGGCGCAGGACGCGCUGUACGUGGCGCUGGAGCUGGCCAUCGCCACGCUGUCAGUGGCGGGCAAUUUGCUGGUGUGCGCCGCGGUGGGCACAUCGAGCACGCUGCAGACGCCCACCAACUACUUCCUGGUGUCCCUGGCAGCGGCAGAUGUUGCCGUGGGUCUGUUCGCUAUCCCCUUUGCUAUCACCAUCAGCCUGGGCUUCUGCACUGACUUCCACAGCUGCCUCUUCCUCGCCUGCUUCGUGCUCGUGCUCACGCAGAGUUCCAUCUUCAGCCUCUUGGCGGUGGCCAUCGACAGGUACCUGGCUAUCCGCGUUCCACUCAGGUAUAAGAGUUUAGUCACUGGGACCCGAGCGAGAGGAGUCAUUGCUGUCCUCUGGCUCCUUGCCUUUGGCAUUGGACUGACCCCGUUCCUGGGAUGGAACAGUAAAGACAGUGCCACCAACUGCACAGAGUCCUGGGAUGGAACCACAAAUGAAAGCUGCUGCCUGGUGAAGUGUCUUUUUGAGAAUGUGGUCCCCAUGAGCUACAUGGUGUAUUUCAACUUCUUUGGGUGUGUCCUGCCCCCACUGCUUAUAAUGCUUAUGAUCUACAUCAAGAUCUUCAUGGUGGCCUGCCGGCAGCUUCAGCGCACUGAGCUGAUGGACCACUCGAGGACCACCCUCCAGCGGGAGAUCCACGCAGCCAAGUCCCUGGCUAUGAUCGUUGGGAUUUUUGCUCUGUGCUGGCUACCAGUACAUGCCAUCAACUGUGUCAGCCUUUUCCAGCCAGCUCGGGCUAAGGAUAAACCCAAGUGGGCAAUGAACAUGGCCAUCCUCCUGUCACAUGCCAACUCAGUUGUCAAUCCCAUUGUCUAUGUCUACCGGAACCGAGACUUCCGCUAUACUUUCCACAAAAUCAUCUCCAGGUACGUUCUCUGCCAGACAGAUGUCCUCAAGAGUGGGAAUGGGCAAGCGGGAGUGCAGCCUGCUCUUGAUGUGGGCCUAUGACCCAGGUUUUGUCCUCUUCGAGAAGGCACAAAUUCACAGUACACAAACGACAGGACAUGAGCGGCUGAAUCUCAUUGUGAAAGACAGCUACACCUCACAAGCAUAUGGGUUGCCUCUUUUGAGCACUUACCCGGAGUUACCACAUAUCUAGCUAAUAUGUAUGUGUUAUUAGUAGGUUCCAGAGGUCAACAAAUAUACAUGGUUCUGUGUGGCUGCUCUUACUGUGUGGAUGAUACGGACGGUCUGAAUGCAUUGCAAAAGAAUAACGUUUUUUUGAAAUCUGCCUCUUUCAUGGUAGAAAAUGAUUGAAACUAUUUUACUGUGCAAUACUGUGAACUAUUAUAAUACAAAUAUUUUUUAAACUUAGAGGCAAUGGAAAAAUAAAAGUUGGACACACUAAAAAUAUAUAUUAUACUUGUUCCUGGGAAGGCGACCAGGAAAAUUAGAAGUAUAAUUCUUUAAUCAAGAAACAAUUUAUGGAAAUGAUACUUUCAUAAGUUUUUAAGAAGAUUAUCAUAACAAUUUUGAUAACAUUCUUAUCCAUAUACAGCAAAUUACCCUAGAGAAAUAGGGUCCCUCCUCUACCAGAUUCCAUUUUCCCCUCCUAGAGCUAACAGUUAAUUUUCUCUCCUAAGUUCAAGUUUUGCUGGAUCCCAAAGUGUGAAAAUUUUACAAAAUAAAAUUAUAUAAUUAUGUAUGUAUAUUAGGCAAAAUAAAAAUAAAACUUAAAAAAAACUUAAGAAGUUUAGGAUGCUGCAUCAGCUUGUCAUUCAGAGCUGCAUCUAUCUUCUAUCCUUUAUCCUGAAGACUGCUUAAAAAAGUAAGUUUAUACCCAGCAUGUUUCCCAAUAGUAUAAAAGUCUCGAUAGAUUUUAUUUGCCACACUUCAGUAUAACAAAAGGCUCUGCCAACCACAGAACACUGCAACAUUUGUGGCUUUGUCACACAUUCAUUCAGUAGUCCCUCAGGUUUUGGGUACACAGGGUUGGGGGUUUCCUAGGCUGUAAAGUCACCUUUUCAUCUGUUUGUUCAUUGCUU